AUGUCUGAUUUUAAAGUUGGUGACAAAUUAAAUACAAAAAUGAUUUCGGAGAAUGCCAAACUUGAAUGGAGUCGACAACCUCCAAAUGUGAAAAAUUUUUUCAAAGUUUUGGCCAAAGAGGCUGAUAGACGGCACAAACAACUAUUUCCCAAUUAUAAAUAUCAGCCCAAAUGUAAACCAAAGGAUAAUGAUAGUAUCGCUCCGAAUACUGACAUUAUUGAACAAUAUUUUGACAUCCAGAGGUACUAUAAUGAUUUAAAAAAAUAG